AUGGAGACUGAGAAACUACAUCAACUCCCUUUCGUAGACGUCACCAUCCAGAACUCCAACAACCAGCUCAUCACUUCUGUCUACCGUAAGCCAACCCAUACUGACCAAUACAUCCAGCAUCACUCCAACCACCAUCCCCAGAUCAAGAGAGCCAUCGUUUCAACGCUUGCAAGACGUGCCAAGAACAUCUGCAGUCCCUCCAAUCUUCAGCAAGAAUUAGCCCACCUCAAAUCUACCUUCAUCAAUGGCUACCCGAGACUCCUAGUAGAAACCACCACCAAGAAGACGUUAGAACAUCGAGAUCAACCUCCUACUAAGCCUGAACCAUCCCCUGUCUGCAUAAAUAUUCCCUAUGUUGGAUCCAUCAGUCAUCACAUCAGUAGACUUCUAAAGAAAACUGCCAGCAUUGACACCACUUUGUCAUCUGGCAAAACCCUCAAAUCUUUUAUUAAAGCCAAUGACUCCACCAUUGACGAUGGAGCCAUAAUCAACUUUGGAACGGACAAGUGA